AUGGAUCCCGACGAACCAGAAUCCGCAAGACUCGACCGGGAGAUCGCGGCGCUCCUGCAGAAAAAGGCGGCGGCUCAGGCUAAAGAGCAACAACGAGCCAAAGUCGAAACCGCUCGACGAGCCAACAUCUUGGUCGAGAACAGUCCGGUCAAGAAAAAGACUCCUGCUCAGUAUCAUGCGGCACUUUACGAACAGGCACCUAUCAGACAACCCAUCUUCAAUCACAACCGGUUGACCAACCCUAUACCCCAGGCGGGACCUUCUAAACUCAUCUCGCAAUCACACGCCCAGCCAUCAGCCCUAUCUUCCGGACCUUCUCGUCUUUCGUCCGCGCUUCAUCGAGCCCGUCAAGACGAUACACCUGGAAAUUCUGAUGCCGACGGCGAUGAUGACAUCAGCAGCAGGUCUGGCAAGAAGAGGGAUGAGGUGGAUAUGACGGUCGUAGAGAGCUUGACCAUGGGUCCGAAAGACUAUGGGAUGGAUGCCCUUGGAUCGGAUGAAUGGAGGUGGACCGAACCUAAUAGUGGUAUCAAUCUCAAGGAGCGUCUCAUGCCUCAUGCCCAAGUCCAGAACCACCUCGCCGACCGGUACAUCCUCUCUCCCUCCCAGAUCUACUCGAUCAUGCGCCUCUCGAGCGAUAAACAACAAUACACGCUGCCCGUAGAUGCCGGGUGGGCGGUCAUCGGGGUCGUCUGCCACAAGGGGGAGAUCAAAGUGACUCAGGGCAAGAGGAAGGAAGACAAGAAGAAGAAGGGUAAAGGACGGGCGAGCGACGAGGAAGGCGACGAGGAUGAUGAUGAAGAGGACGAAGAUGAGGAUGAAACGGAUGGGAAACGACAAAAGAACGGUCAAGGUCCAGGGGAAUGGACCAAGAAGAAGAAGACCGGGAACAACGCCCCCGCUUCGAAAUUCAUCACCAUCAAGAUCUGUUCCCUCCCCUCCCGCUCUCAACUCUCCGGGUCCACCUCUGCUUCACAGGGGGACGCGAUCAUGAACGUCAUGCUGUUCGAAUCCGACUCGGAUGAGACGCUACCUCUGUCUUACCCAGGGGAGCCUCUGAAGAGACGGUAUAGAGGCGGGAGUGGGGGUGCGUUUGAGGUCUGGUGGAAGUUGGCUGUAGGGGCGGUAGUGGGGAUCAUAAGUCCGAGGAUCUUGAAGCCGUUCGGGGCAGGGAACAAAGGUCCUCAUCCACUCACUCAUCCUGUAGGUCUCACACCUUCGUCGGCGGACGACAUCUUCCUCAUCGGACGAGCUCGGGAUCUGGGAACGUGUGCCUCCAUCAAGCGGGAUGGGAAGCAGUGCACCGAAUGGGUUGAUUUGCGGGUACAUCAGCAUUGCGAGUAUCAUGUGGUCGGAGCGAUAAAGCAGAUCCGAGGAGGAAGAGCAGAGUUUGCCGGAAGCACGGGCGGAUUCCAACUCGCCAUGAAGGCUGCCGCACCGAUGUACAGGCGAGGCAAAGGCGGGCAAGACGAUGGUAGAGAGCGGAAGACCCGACCGACGAACCAGAUCCUACCUAAGCGCGGGUUCGAUGACGGGACGGGUCAGACGUAUAUCGUCGGCGGUCGUGCGAUCUCGGAACGCAAGUCUUCGAGGUUCGCCGACGAACACGUGGUGGAACGGAUGGGUCGGGAAAAGCAGACCAACCUGAGACGCAAGAACGAGGCGGCGGCUAGGGAAAAAGAGCUGGACAUGUUGAUGGGUUCAAACAAUGGGACCACAGGGGCCAAGUACCUCGAGGCGGCCAACAAGCUCAGACGAGACGACCAGAAGGACAAGAAGGAAUUGCAGAAAAAGGCGGUCGAGCAGGGUCUAGGGGACACGUUGAAGCCGAGACCGUUCCACGCGAGCGCGAUCAAGUUGAUAGGUUUUGAUCCGACGACGGCGCAGAACGAGGGCGGGUUGAUGGUCGAGAAGGGGGAAGAGGGAAGAAAACGACUCGAAGCCAUCGCUUCUCUCCGCAGUAACGCUCGACCGGCUGCACGCCUUGGCAAUAUGGCAGGGAUGAAGUCGAAGUCGAACGCAAGCAAUCCACUCGAUCGACAUCGGCAGGUCCCAACACAUACCGCAUCGACGGAGGAGCCCAUGAUCGACCUGACAGAUUCGGAUGAUGAUUAG